AUGUCGAAACUUUUCAUCGGUGGCCUAGCAUGGCAUACAGAGGAGGCCACUCUUCGUCAAAAGUUUGAGGAGUUUGGUCCCGUCGAGGAAGCUGUGGUGGUCAAGGACCGUGAUACUGGCCGCAGCCGCGGCUUCGGGUUUGUGCGAUACACUCAGGAGGGUGACGCCCAGAAUGCCAUCGCAGCCAUGAACAAUGUCGAGUUUGAUGGACGUACCAUCCGAGUUGACAAGGCAUCCGACAACGGCCCCCGAGGCGGUUUCGGUAGAGGAGGAGGUGGCUACGGACGUAACUUCGGCGGCCCCAUGCCGUAUGGAAUGGGCCCUCCUGGACCCGGCUACCAGAUGCCCGCCCCUAACAUGUACGCGCCUAUGCCGUACGGCCGCGGAUAUCCACCCCCUCAGCAAGGCUAUGGUGCCCCUCCUCAAGGGUUCAUGCCUCCUCAGCAGCAGUACGGAUACCCUGAUCCCUCUCAGCAGUUUGCUCCCCAGCAGCAGCAUCCCCAGGGUGGAAGAGGAUAUUAG